UCGUUAAAUAUCUUCUUCUGAGUUACUUUCAUUAAAACAAGAAAGAUCUUAGGACACGCUGUUCUCCUGCUACGAUUCCGAUCAUAUGGGACUACUUGACCAGUUAUGGGACGAUUCCGUCGCCGGUCCCCGACCGGAUACCGGCCUCAGCAAGCUCCGAAAGCAAUCCAAAUUUACUUUCUGGCCUAACUCCGCUAAGGAAUCUGAUGGUGGGAGUGUGAGAUCAAACGGUGAUGAAACGUCGUUGGAGGAAGCGACGAGAGUGACACGUACUAUUAUGAUCGUAAAACCACCGGGUUAUCAGACCGGUUCACCUCCUGUUUCGCCGGCCGGAACGACUCCUCCAGUAUCUCCUUUUGCCGGUAGCAAAGAAUCGUAUCAGUUUCGGAGAAGAUCGAUAUCGGAUGCGUACGAGAAGGCCGGCGAGGUUGGAGCAAGGAGCCCUCAUCCUCCUUAGGACGUCUGAGUUGUGAGCUCUCUCGCCUGCAAAUGAACCUCGAAGCUGGGCUUGCCUUUUUCUCUUUUUGCAUAUAUUUGUAAUGUGUCAAUGGUGUUCAGAAUCUGUAAAUUAUAAUAUAUAUGUGUAUGUGCAUACGUAGAGGAUUUUGCUAUAUGUGGAGAGCUUGUAAUUCAUUUUUUUUCUUCUUCAAACUUGUUCGAACUAAUGUUUCAAUGUCGGUUUUUCCUACUCAUGAUCUGAAAAA